AUGUACGGCGACUCCACUCCUCCCUCGCCAUCACACCAUCACAAAACCCCCUCCUCCAGACUCUCCCCUAUCUUUAUAUCCCCUCUCCUGUCUCGCUACCUCUUUCAAAACCUCUGCAGUGAGUGUCAGGGAAAGAUGGAGCGAUCUCUGCUUGUGUCUCUUCUGUGUGUGUGGGCCCUCAGCAGCCUGUCUGCAGCAUCAGUGGACACAACAGAACAGUGUCCAGAGAGGAUACUGGGUAACGAGAGAAGACAAACGUGCCCAAAAAAGUGUCAGCAAGAUAAAGACUGUGGCAACAAACGUCAGUGUCUCUGUGACGGCCAGUGUGGACUCAGCUGUGUGGCCCCAGGUCGUAUGUGUCCAUGGCCUCUCCCACCUGGAAAGAAUUUUGAUGUAGCUCUCCUUUCCCCUUCACCCUCAUUCUCCGCUCUGCUUGAGGUUCGCUGUAAGCCUGGGUUCGCCAUGCAUAAUGGGCUAGACUCUACAAUACGCCGUUGCCAAGGUGACCGGCAGUGGAGUGGAGAUGAGCCUGUUUGUACAGCUCUGCUCUCUGUGCAGGGCAGUGCCAUCGUGGGAUCCACCAUCCAGUACCAAUGUGCAGCUGGAUCUGUGCUGAUUGGAAAUAGUGAGAAUAUCUGUCAUGAGAACCAGACGUGGCAAUACCCUCAUCCCAUCUGUCGCCGUGUGGUUUGUCCUCCUCCUAAGGAAGUUGAACGUGGACAUCUGGUGGCCGUCCAGAGAACUGAAUAUGAAGUUGGUGAUACAAUCUAUUACCUCUGCAAAAAGAACGUCUUGCUGGAUGGUCCAAAUCAAGUGACUUGUUUACCUAAUGGGACAUGGAGUGCAGAGCCUGCCUGCCGGGCCCGCUGUCCAGUCCCAGCUCAACGCAGUAGGGUGAUCGUGGGAGGAGUAAAGCGUUGGCCAUAUGAUCUGACGGAUGGUGUGGUUGCUCAUGGAGAGAAUGUGACAUUUUUCUGUAAACAUCCAGAAAAACUGUGCAGCUUCACUGCCACAGAGGUCUGCGUAGAUGGAGCGCUCAAGCAACCUAGCUGCUAUCUUGACCCUACCUGGCUGCAGUUCAAGCUCUUUCCUCAUCGGCUGGUUUCAGAGAUUGAUCCAUGUGAUCCUGCUGACCUUCAGUGAACUCAUCAAAUUUUGACAACACAUUUUGCAUGUUGGCACACACUCUGACACCAUGACCUGGAGUCUGGAUCAACGUAAAUUGUAUUAUUAACGUGCCAACUAAAUUGGUUUUGGAACGGAUCUCAGUAGGAUCUCAGUUAUGCCUCAUUUAACUCUUCUCUUUUCUUUGUUGUAUGUUGCAUUGACAAUGUUACCUUAAACAGAAUUUGUGUCAUAUUUGAUAUAUGCAAACACCCUCAUACUUGCUUGAGGUUAUGGUUGCUGUAAGCUGCUCUCUUUUCAUGUAUUUUAUUGUCAUACAAAGUGUAAAACUGAUUUUUGAGGUAGCGUUGGUGUUUAUCUUGUUAUAAUAUUUUAUUUCUUUGUUAAAAAGUGAUUUUCUGCUACCUGAUAUGUUUGUCAAACCCACAACCAAGAAUGCACAGGCUAAAGGUGAACUCAGAAAUCAUGCCAUGUAUUGAUGCUCUCUGUAUUCCAAAAGCAGUUUUAUGAUAUGUUUAGAGUUAACUGAUCUUUGACUGGACUGCUUGAUUGGACUGGAUUACAUAAAUAAGACUAGGGAAUAUUAUAGCAUAAAGCCUUGCUUAAUUAUGGCUGUUAUACAGAUUCAGUUUUGCAUUGUGUAAACAGUGAAUCAUCUUUAAAUGUUUUUUCUUCUUGUAAUAUCAUGAUUCUUCAAUAAAGAAA